AAACGGGAAAAAGUAACCUGAGAGAAAAGCAGAGAAAGGACGACAACUGCAACAUAUGUUCUCAUAAAUAAAUGGAUACAACAUAACAUGGAUUACCAUCAUUUCCAACAACAACGACGACAACAACAACAAAAAGCUACGAACGAAAACCCACAAAAAGUGUAUGAAAAAAGAAAUUCGAGUUGUAUAACAAUCAUAAAAUGGGCUUCAAUACCGCAAGAAACUUAUUGAAGGCCAGCAGAAGUGCGACAACGACGGCAUCCAAAACGGCGAGCAAAACGAGGACGACAAGAACGUCGCCCAACUCCGUCUUGUACAUGACAAAAACAUUUGUGUCAUUUUCCAUUAUCCUAACAACUGUACUAAUGCUGCAUGUCGUCGACGCUAAAAUAGGUUACUUUUGGCACAUAACAGACAUCCAUUUCGACACACAGUACACCACGAAAGGCGAUAUACAAAAGAGUUGCUGGCACAUCGAUCAUCAUCAAACAAACAAUCAUCUCCAUCCGCCGGGCACCUUUGGCGAUUAUUUCUGCGACAGUCCGUGGGCCUUGUUGGAGUCUGCGACGACAGCGAUGCGUGCCAAACAAGGAGACAACGUCGAAUUUGUCCUCUGGACCGGCGACGGCUUAGCACACUCAGCGCGCCGUUUGCUCGAACAACAUCGAAUAGAUUUACUACGUAAUAUAACAGAUUUAUUAGGACGUACAUUUCCAUCGCAAUUCGUGUUUCCCGUGCUGGGGCAUGAGGAUGGGCACGGCAAUAGUUUUGAUCGUUUAGGUGAUUUAUGGCGACACUGGUUGCCAUCCGAAGCCCUACAAACAUUCGAAAAAGGUGGCUACUAUACCAUCGAACAGACCAAAUCUCGUCUGAGGAUAAUCGCGUUGAACACAAAUUACAUGCGACACGACCCGAAAUACUCCCAAUCGCAUCUUUCGGCGGUGCGACAAAAGUCGGGGCAUCCCUCAGAUGAUCGACAUAGUUAUAGCAACACUUUCUAUCAUCACAAGCAAGGAUAUCGCAAGUACGAUAUGGAUGCGGCGUCGGAGGAUACGAGACGUUGGCAUUACCGAGACAGAAAUCGGGGACAUGCGAGAGACGGGAGUGUCGAUGGAGGAACCGUGAGUGCCCUUUCUGGAUCGAGUCACGAAGCGGAAAAGCAAUGGGAAUGGCUCGAAAGUGUGUUAGAUAAGUCAAAGAGAAAUAAGGAAACAGUGUAUAUAAUAGGACACAUACCACCGGGUUCAGAUGAACGACAAAUUGGAGAGAUACCAAAUGGGCACACAACAUUUUCAGAAGUGAAUAAUUUGAGAUAUGUAAGACUGGUUCGAAAGUAUUCCUCGAUCAUACAGGGGCAGUUUUUCGGUCACCUGCAUUCUGAUUCCUUCAGGAUUGUCUAUGAUGAUGGUAAACCCGUGUCAUGGAUGAUGGUUGCACCAUCAUUAACCCCGAGAAAAAUGAACGUUGGCUCAAAUAAUCCUGCACUUAGAUUAUAUAAAUUUGAUACAGAUACCGGUCAGGUAUUAGAUUACUCACAAUAUUAUCUCGAUUUGGCAUCAGCAAAUUUGAAUAAUGAACCAGAUUGGCAAUUGGAGUAUAAUUUGACAUAUUAUUAUGGACUCACCGAUGUGACAGCUGUCUCCCUGCACAAUCUUGCCGAUCGAUUUUCCAAUCCGGAUGAUUUGCUGUUUGCAAAAUAUUAUCGUGCCAAUUCGGUACGACACUCCGCGACGCCAUGCGAUGGUGUGUGUGCACUUAACCAUUAUUGUGCCAUUACUCGUGUAGAUUAUCGUGAAUUUAAGGAGUGUUUUACCACGGCUGCCAGCGCAUUGGCAUCCUCAGCAUCUCGACCAAACAGUUUUCCGCGUGUUUUAAGGAGUUUCCUCGUGCAAAGUGCCACGAAAGAAAUGCUCAUGUUCUAUUUUUUAAUUAUUACUGCGUUAGUUGUGAUGCAGUUGCAGCAAAAAGUCGUCGUUGAAGAAAGCGAGACGCGACAACAAACUCUUAGAGAUAGUUAUUCUUGUGUAAUUAUGUACCUUAACGUAAUAAGAGAAAAGUGUUUUAAUUGUGUUAGUGUAGUUAGUGCAAUGUUCUUGCUGCUGCCGAUGCCAACAACAAAAGUGUCGUCGUCGUUUUCAGGCAGCAAGUCGAUGCUCGUUAGUCGCUGCACGACUGAAAGUAGAAAUAAUGCAGGAAUUAGCAUAAUAUCGACGAGUAGGUAA